CGCCGCUAUCAUGAAUUAUUCUUGCCCAGUCGACCCUACAGGGGAGAACCGCCUGCAGUGGCAGGAUUUCUCCUCUAUCCAGACACUCCCGCUAAGAUGGAGACGACAUCACGAGAAGCUUUCUGCUUCAGGCCGACUCCACAGCAAGACAGAGGCAAAGGACUCUGUGUUGCCGAGAACACACAGCAGGAGUCCCAUGGUUCUCCUCCCACAGCCUCAGGACAAACAGGAAGAGGAAACAGCAGCAGGGAUGGGGAAAUACAGGAGGACGAGCGAGAGGGCGACAGUGAUGAGGCCGCUGUAAAAAAAGAAGAGAUGUUGUCUCAGUAUCAGAAAGAUUUCCCUCCUCCGUCCUCCUGUCGCAGGAGGCGAACACCUGCCCUCCCACAGCCAGACAACAUUGGCAUCAACCCUGCAUUCAGAUUUGAGUUCAGGACAGUCCAAAGGGAGACUUACCCAGGUUGGUCCGUCAUGAAUUCCAGGUGUGCUGGCAGGCUGAGGGCAUCCUCAAGUGGUCAACCAAAACAUUUCUGAGCAACAGUCAAUGAAAAAUGAGCUUUUUGUACAUGAAUGUCUUUGACAAGACAGUCACAGCUUUCCAGACCUUAGAAUUUGUGGCUUUAAUAGUUAUGAUUU